AUGGUCUCUCAACCAGAACCCCCUCCGUCUCUCGCAAUCCGCGGCACCUCGUCCCUCGUCUCCCGCCCGUCCGCCCGCAGCAAGCGCUACAACCGCUCCCACGUCGGCGGCACCAGCUCCUAUCUGCCGCAGAAUGAAUUCCCCGUCUUCUCCCACAGCGGCGACGUCGAGAUCCUCAUCCGCGCAGGGCCCGUCGAGAACCGCUACCUGCUGCACCGCCACACGCUGACCCGAUGCAGCGGCUUCUUCGAGGCCAGCACCUCGUCCGAGUGGUCGCGCGCCCAGCCGAUGCUGCCAAGCGGUCACGAGCUGUCGAGGAUCGGUGAGGACGGCCCGGCAUCGUCUGGCGCCGACGGGGAUGCCAGUGGGCAGGGUGGCGGCACGACGGCGCCGACGCGGAAAUGGCGAUACGAGCUGGACUCGGGCUCGGGCAACAACGACAUCCCCAUGCUGGUGCAGCGGGAGGAGCCCCGAGCCGACGCGCGCUCCCUCGGUUCGUCGCUCUUCGGGCCCGGCCCCAAGACGUCGUCGUCGUCGUCGCGCUCCUCGCACUCGCAGUCGAACCACCACAAGAGCAGCAGCUACUCGCACCCCAUGAGAGAAAUGCCCAGCUGCUUUAUAUACAGCAGAGACGAGGUCUGCCACAUGACAUGUAUAUCACCGCACACCAGGGGGAGUUGA